AUGGUCGUUAACAACCCAAAUAAUUGGCACUGGGUCGAUAAGAACUGCAUUGGAUGGGCCAAAGAGUAUUUUAAGGAGAAACUGGUUGGAGUGGAAGCCGGUUCGGUGAAGGAUAAAAAGUAUGCCAAAAUCAAAUCUGUUUCAUCCAUUGAAGGUGAUUGUGAAGUCAACCAGCGUAAGGGGAAAGUUAUAUCUUUAUUCGAUUUGAAAAUCACUUUGUUAAUAGAGGGACACGUCGACUCCAAGGAUGGAUUGACAUUGCCAUUCGAAGGUAGCAUUAACGUUCCCGAAGUUGCUUUUGAUAGCGAAAUCUCGAGCUAUCAAUUCGAAGUAUCUAUAUUUAAGGAGACUACUGAACUGAAUGAAGUCAAGCCACUAAUCAGAUCUGAGUUAUUGCCCAAGUUGAGACAAAUUUUCCAACAGUUUGGCAAGGAUUUACUAGCUACUCACGGUAAUGACAUCCAAGUGCCGGAAUCUCUAGUGAAAUCUAACUAUACAAGAGGUAACCAAAAGAGUAGCUUUACCGAAAUCAAGCCUUCCGCUUCAAAGCCGGAAAAGAAUGCAUCUUCCCCUUCCUCUUCAGCGCCAGCCUCCAGCACCAGCAAAGUCACUCAAAACGGCAGCGGCAACAGUACCUCUAUUUAUUUAGAACCCACUUUUAAUGUGCCUUCAUCAGAGUUGUACGAAACAUUCCUUGAUAAACAACGCAUAUUGGCCUGGACUAGAUCAGCACAAUUUUUCAACAAUGGACCCAAACUGGAGGCCAAUGAAAAGUUUGAACUGUUUGGCGGUAACGUUAUUAGCGCGUUAGUGUCAUGUGAAAAGGACAAGAAACUUAUUUUCCGCUGGAAACUCAAGGAUUGGUCAGCCGCUUUCAAUUCUACUAUCGAAAUGACUUUCCACGAAUCGCAAGAAUUUCACGAAACUAAACUACAAGUGAAGUGGACUGGUAUACCCGUUGGCGAGGAAGACCGUGUGCGCGCUAAUUUUGAAGAAUACUAUGUGCGUUCUAUUAAAUUGACCUUUGGCUUUGGUGCCGUAUUAUGA